GUCAGACGCAGCCAGAAUAAAUUGGAAAAAACCGCCAAGGAAAUCGCCGAUGAUAAUGGUAAUGAUAUUGUGUCAUGGCACACGUGCGAUAUCCGCGAGGAAGACAGGGUCAAACAGGUCAUGGGCGAAAUACUGCAGCAGAGGCCUAUAGCAGGACUAGUAAACAAUGCCGGGGGACAGUUUCCCUCUCCCCUAGCAGAUAUUUCAAAAAAGGCACGUACAAGUGCAUAAGUGUGUGCCAUGAAAGAUGUGCAGCACCUAUCUUUGCAUUGUACAUUCUUGCAUAAAAAAUUU